CACAACACUCGCGUGUUUGAAUGAAGGAAGGAGCCCACGAGUACCUUCAGGCUCAACUCGAGAAGAGUACGAUAAACGUUGACUAGUAGCUCUGUAAUUUAGCAAAUUAAACGAUACAUUGUUAGCAUUUAAGCCAACGUGUACGAUCAAGGAUUGAGAUUUAGUACAGUAGCUAACGUAAGCAAUCCCGGCUCGUGUCGUUUGUUGUGCUUUGCAUGUUAGCUAGCUAGCCAAUUCUGCUAUACUUGCUAGUGCCAAAUAAGAAAAACGAUAGUUAAUGUUAUCCAGGUAAAUGUGUUUUUUCUAACAGUUAACAAACUAUUAUCCAGGACUCCUGUAUAUGAUCAAAUAUGUCCGAAGCACAAGACUUGAGAAAGCGCAGUAAGAAACGCUAUGGCGGCGGACACCGGAGUAAGAAGUACAAGGGUUCCCGGGAGCUCGAGGUGGGCAUGCAAGGUGUCCUCAUCACCUGCAAUAUGAACGAGAGGAAAUGCACCGCGGAAGCCUUCAACCUGCUGAACGAAUACGCCGACCAACUCUACGGACCUGAGAAUUUUAAGGAACCCGAGGAGAGCAGUAGUGAGGAAGAGGAGGAUGAAGAUGUGGAGGCGGCUCUGAAGAAGGAGGUGAAGCAGCUCAAAGCGUCGUCGGGGAAACUGCAGCGGCGCUUCCAGGCCAUGGACAGCGGGGCCAACAACGUCAUCUUCAUCAAGACCAAGAACCUCGACCCUGAGAAGCUGGUGCAUCACAUCCUGUCAGACCUCCACAUCACCAAGAAAAACAAGUCACGAGUCAUCCUCAGAAUGCUGCCGGUGAGUGGAACGUGCAAGGCGUUCCAGGAGGACAUGGAUAAGUACCUGAGUGUGUUCUUAGAGCCGUGGUUUAAAGCCCCCAACCAGGGCAGCUACCAGAUCGCCUUCAAGGCCCGGAACAGUUCCCACAACAAGAGGGACGACAUCAUCAAGGCCCUGGCAGGCCUGGUGGGGAAGAUGAAUCCUAAAAAUAAGGUUGACCUGACCACCCCUGAGCUCACCAUCAUCGUCGAGGUCAUCAAGAGUGUGUGCUGUGUCAGCGUCGUCAGGGACUACACUCUAUACAGGAAGUACAACCUGCAGGAGGUUGCCAAGGAGGAGGGGCCUAAAGAUGGGAAACAGGAAGGGGUCACCACAAACCAGGAAGAGAUCAAGUCGAACCAGGAAGAGAAGGAUGGGAAACAGGAAGAGAUCAAGUCCAACCAGGAAGAGAAGGAUGGGAAACAGGAAGAGAUCAAGUCCAACCAGGAAGAGAAGGAUGGGAAACAGGAAGAGAUCAAGUCCAACCAGGAAGAGAAGGAUGGGAAACAGGAAGAGAUCAAGUCCAACCAGGAAGAGAAGGAUGGAAAGCAGGAAGCGGGAAAGGAUGCCCCAAAAACAGACAGGGAAGGAAAGGGGGAGGAAGUGAAGUAGAUCCCUGUACCAGGAGGGAGAGAAGAGGGAGGGGAAUGAGGGAGGAAGAGAAGUAGAUCCCUGUACCAGGAAGGGAGAGAAGAAGAGGGAGGAAGUGAAAUGGGACUGAUAAACAACUCAAAGGCAUCUCACAGUGCAGGUGAUGCAGUCAGUGUGUUUUUAGGUAGCUUUACUGUAGAACAGGUCCUAUUCCUGUUGUCCAAUACAAAUGGAACCCUAAUCCCCAUAUAGUGCACUAUUUUUGACCUGAGGCCUAUGGGUCCCUUGUCAGAAUGAGUGCACUAUGUAGGGAACAGGGUACCAUAGGACCUGGUCUAAUGUAGUGCACUAUGUAGGGAAUAGGGUACCCUGUUCCCUACAUUGUGCACUACAUUAGACCAGGUCCUAUGGUACCCAACCCUGACUACGACAAAAUCCCUUCGGUCCUCCAUUUUGUAUCGUCUCCAACAUGUCCUCCUCAUCGCUGACAGUCCAUUGGUCCCCUCACCAUCACCAAGCUCUCACUGAAAGCUGACAGUCCAUUGGUCUCCUAACCAUCACCGAGCUCUCACUGAAAGCUGACAGUCCAUUGGUCCCCUCUCCAUCACCGAGCUCUCACUGAAAGCUGACAGUCCACUGGUCUCCUCUCCAUCACCGAGCUCUCACUGAAAGCUGACAGUCCACUGGUCUCCUCUCCAUCACUGAGCUCUCACUGAAAGCUGACAGUCCACUGGUCUCCUCUCCAUCACUGAGCUCUCACUGAAAGCUGACAGUCCACUGUUCUCCUCUCCAUCACCGAGCUCUCACUGAAAGCUGACAGUCCACUGGUCUCCUCUCCAUCACUGAGCUCUCACUGAAAGCUGACAGUCCACUGGUCUCCUCUCCAUCACCGAGCUCUCACUGAAAGCUGACAGUCCACUGGUCUCCUCUCCAUCACUGAGCUCUCACUGAAAGCUGACAGUCCACUGG